UUGGACUGUUCCAUUGUAAUUUAAAAUACUCUCCUACUGUAGUUUCAGGCAACCUUUGUUUACCUGCCGCCUGAUACUGUUCUAGCUUUACCUUGUUGAAUUCAAGUUGCAAUAAAUCUAUUUUGUUCGUGGCAGGGUUGAUAUUUCGAGAUGGCUUCAGGCUACAGAAAACCCAACACCACUUCCAACCAGAGGAAAAAGGCAGGUCCUAAACCAGACUUGACAGAGGAACAAAAGCAGGAGAUCAGAGAGGCCUUUGACUUGUUUGAUACAGAUGGGUCGGGCACAAUUGACGUGAAGGAACUCAAGGUUGCCAUGCGUGCCCUUGGCUUUGAACCAAAGAAAGAAGAGAUCAAGAAGAUGAUUGCAGACAUUGACAAGGAGGGCUCUGGGACCAUUGAUUUUAAUGACUUUCUCUGUAUGAUGACACAGAAAAUGAGUGAAAAAGACUCAAAAGAAGAAAUUCUGAAGGCUUUCCGCUUAUUUGAUGAUGACGGCACUGGCAAAAUCUCCUUCAAAAAUCUAAAGAGAGUUGCCAAGGAGCUAGGCGAAAACCUGACAGAUGAGGAAUUGCAGGAAAUGAUUGACGAAGCAGACCGAGAUGGAGAUGGAGAGAUCAACGAGCAGGAGUUUCUAAGGAUAAUGAAAAAGACAAGUCUAUAUUGAAUGUCUUAUGUUUCCCAACGUUUAUUUUCCACUGCUGGAACACUCUCACUUAUAUGUCUUUGAUUCUUUUAAGGAUACUUUAUGAUAUAGUGAUAUAGUGGCUUUUUUCAUAUGGGUUGUAAAUUAUUUUAACAGCUCAAUACACCGAUUGUAUGAUAUUUGAGAAAAAAUAAAACAUAUUUAAUAAUUUCAAAAAUAUCUAGACUUUUUCAAUUAAAUCAUAGCUUUUAUCUAAGUUAAUGUCUCCUAUUUACCAUGGAAGUGAAAUUAUCAAGUUUAUUCAAACACCCUUGCACCUAACAUUACUGUAUGGCUAUUUGGUUCCCUCUUGUGACACAUAAAAUGAAGUGCAGCUAUAAUUGUCUUGACUUAGACUUACAUGAUUUUGCCUUUUUCUCAAGCUCAGUUAAACAGUUCGAUCAUCCAAAUAUAUUUUGAUUUUACCCUUCGCCUUAGCUAGAGACAAACUCACUGCUCUGAAUCCAAGAAAUCGGAUGAACAUAUGCUAAGACUGGCUGAAUGUGUUAUGACUAAGUCACUCUCGGAUAACUCAAUGCACGGUAUAAGAAAUGACUGAGUUGAAUUUAAGAUGACUAACUGUCAGUAAAAGUGAUCACUUGGUGAGUCAGUAACCAUAAUUCAUUUGAUCUGGCUUAUUCUGCCAAUGGCAGACUGCCAUCCUGCUUCCUCGUGUAUUGACCGCAUAACAUCACCAUGACUUGAACAUUUACAGGGUCUUGGCCUUUUGACUUAUGUAAACAUUCAAGCCAAAAACACGACGGUAGUAUUAAAACCGAAACAUGGACAACAAAGUUUGAAUGACAUGAAUACAAGUAUGGUAACACAGAGACGAGAGAUGAGAUGAUCAGGCACUCAGAUAAAGCAUGACACGUAGGAGUCUAAGAAAAUGUACCAUUCUGCUCUGCCCUAAUAAACAGGAUAUAAUGCUGAC